GGUUCAAAAUGCCCCACACGCGCACGAUUGCGCUUCUACUAGUCGGGCUUGUAGUGUUGGUAAACGCCCAAACGUUUCAGUACUCCCGUGGAUGGACAAACGGCAAACGAUCCUCGUCGGUGGAACCAGUUGCUAACCAGGGAUUGGUGUCCGGCAUGUCUCCCGGGGCACCGAGCGCUCUAAAGCCAAAUGAAAAAACUCUGCUACGUCGUUUUUUGCGAAACCCUUGUGAUUCACGCAUCGCUAGUCUGUUUGCUGGGCAUCCCAGUAAAGACACGUUCCAGCUGGCCAGUAACAAUUACGACAGUUCCGAGGCAGCAGGAUCCGCAUUCAUCUUACCACAAUUUCUAAUGGAUCCCGACGAAGGCAACGGAAACGGUGGAAUCGGUGGUAAUUUGGCCAACGGUCGUCCAGUCGAGGACGAAUUGCGCUUCAAGCGGGGUGUAUCGUCCGGCAUCAGUGAUCCUCGUCAAAAAAAUGCUUAAAAACCUAUCCAUCAGCCGUCACAACACCCCACAGUCAGUCAAUCGAAGUUGCAGUAGGAAACAAAA